AUGGCCGACUCACACGCCGCCGCGGCCCCUGCUCUCAGCACGCCCAUUGAGAGCCACAAGUUCGAUGAGAAGGAACGCCCCGUUGAUGCGCCCCCGGCCGCCAACCCCAAGGUCGAGGACGAGGAGGACGAUGAGGACAUUGACGCCCUGAUUGAGGACCUCGAGUCCCAGGACGGUCACGUCGACGAGGAAGAAGAGGGAUCUCCUGGCAUGGGCCGUGUUGUUCCUGAGGAGCAGCUCCAGACUGACACUCGUCUCGGUCUGACUGAGCAGGAGGUCAUCAACCGCCGCCGCAAGUGGGGUCGCAACGAGAUGUUCUUCAUGUUCUUCGUUGGUCCCAUUCAAUUCGUCAUGGAGGCUGCCGCCGUCCUUGCCGCUGGUCUUGAGGAUUGGGUCGAUUUCGGUGUCAUUUGCGGUCUUUUGCUGCUUAACGCCGCCGUCGGUUUCGUCCAGGAAUUCCAGGCCGGAUCUAUUGUUGCCGAACUCAAGAAGACUCUCGCUCUCAAGGCUGUCGUUCUCCGUGACGGCACCCUGAAGGAGGUUGAGGCCCCCGAAGUCGUUCCCGGUGAUAUCCUCCAGGUUGAGGAGGGUACCAUUAUCCCCGCUGAUGGUCGCAUUGUCACCGAGGAUGCUUUCCUCCAGGUCGAUCAGUCCGCCAUCACUGGUGAGUCCCUCGCCGUCGACAAGCACCGCAACGACAACUGCUACGCUUCUUCCGCUGUCAAGCGUGGUGAGGCCUUCGUCAUCGUUACCGCCACUGGUGACAACACCUUCGUCGGUCGCGCUGCCGCCCUUGUCAACGCUGCCUCCGCUGGAUCUGGUCACUUCACUGAGGUGUUGAACGGCAUUGGUACCAUUCUGUUGGUCCUUGUCAUCUUCACUCUGCUUAUCGUCUGGGUUUCUUCCUUCUACCGCUCCAACGGCAUUGUCGACAUCCUUCGCUUCACCCUCGCCAUUACCAUUAUCGGUGUCCCCGUCGGUCUUCCCGCCGUCGUCACCACCACCAUGGCUGUCGGUGCUGCUUACCUCGCCAAAAAGAAGGCCAUCGUCCAGAAGCUGUCCGCCAUUGAGUCUCUGGCUGGUGUCGAGAUUCUCUGCUCUGACAAGACCGGUACCCUCACCAAGAACAAGCUCUCUCUUGCCGAGCCCUACACCGUCGCCGGUGUUGACCCCGAGGACCUCAUGCUUACUGCUUGCUUGGCCGCUUCCCGCAAGAAGAAGGGUAUGGACGCCAUCGACAAGGCUUUCUUGAAGUCGCUCCGCUACUACCCCCGCGCCAAGUCUGUCCUGUCCAAGUACAAGGUCAUUGAGUUCUUCCCCUUCGACCCCGUCUCCAAGAAGGUCACUGCCCUCGUCGAGUCCCCCGCUGGUGAGCGCAUUACCUGCGUCAAGGGUGCUCCCCUUUUCGUCCUCAAGACCGUCGAGCAGGACCACGAGAUCCCCGAGGAGAUUGACCAGGCCUACAAGAACAAGGUUGCUGAGUUCGCCACCCGUGGCUUCCGCUCUCUCGGUGUUGCCCGCAAGCGUGGUGACCACGGUGCCUGGGAGAUUCUCGGAAUCAUGCCCUGCUCUGACCCCCCUCGUCACGACACUGCCCGCACUGUUAACGAGGCCAAGUCUCUCGGUCUGUCCAUCAAGAUGUUGACUGGUGACGCCGUCGGUAUCGCUCGUGAGACUUCCCGCCAGCUCGGUCUCGGCACCAACAUCUACAACGCUGAGCGUCUCGGUCUCGGUGGCGGUGGUGACAUGCCCGGUUCCGAGGUCUACGAUUUCGUUGAGGCUGCCGAUGGUUUCGCCGAGGUCUUCCCCCAGCACAAGUACAACGUCGUCGAGAUUCUUCAGCAGCGUGGCUACCUCGUUGCCAUGACUGGUGACGGUGUCAACGAUGCCCCCUCGCUGAAGAAGGCCGACACUGGUAUCGCCGUCGAGGGUGCCUCCGAUGCCGCCCGCUCCGCUGCCGACAUUGUCUUCCUUGCCCCCGGUCUUGGUGCCAUCAUCGACGCCCUCAAGACUUCCCGCCAGAUUUUCCACCGCAUGUACGCCUACGUCGUCUACCGUAUCGCUCUGUCCAUCCACUUGGAGAUCUACCUUGGUCUGUGGAUUGCCAUCCUCAACCGUUCCCUGAACAUUGAGUUGGUUGUCUUCAUUGCCAUUUUCGCCGAUAUCGCCACCCUGGCCAUUGCCUACGACAACGCCCCCUUCUCCAAGUCCCCCGUCAAGUGGAACCUGCCCAAGCUCUGGGGUAUGUCCGUCCUCCUCGGUAUCGUCCUUGCCGUCGGUACCUGGAUUACUGUCACCACCAUGUACGCCCACCCCAACGGUGGUAUCAUCCAGAACUUCGGUAACCUCGACGAGGUUGUCUUCCUUGAGGUCUCCCUUACCGAGAACUGGCUCAUCUUCAUCACCCGUGCCAACGGUCCCUUCUGGUCUUCCAUCCCCUCGUGGCAGCUGUCUGGCGCCAUCUUGGUCGUCGAUAUCCUUGCCACCUGCUUCUGUAUCUGGGGUUUCUUCGAGGGUGGUCAGCAGACCUCCAUUGUUGCCGUCGUCCGUAUCUGGAUUUUCUCAUUCGGUGUCUUCUGCGUCUGCGCUGGUGUAUACUACAUGCUCCAGGACAGCACCGGUUUCGACAACCUGAUGCACGGCAAGUCCCCCAAGGGUAACCAGAAGCAGCGCUCGCUCGAGGACUUUGUCGUCUCCCUGCAGCGUGUCUCCACCCAGCACGAGAAGUCGCAGUAA